AUGUCGUCGGCCGACAUAGCCGCAUGCUUCCCGUCGGAGCACGACUCGCUCCUCGGAACCGAUGUGGAGUCGCGAAGGCGCUCGUCGAAACCCUUCUAUUUAUCGCGGUCGUCGCUCGAAACGCGCGAGAAGGCACAAGGCGGCUUAGCCGGCUGGUGGGCGCGCUUCGGCGAGGGCGGCACGAUCUUCGACGCGUUCCUGAUGGAGGCUUCGCAGCAGGUCGGCCAGUCGUUAUUGACGCUGCCGUGGGCGUUUAGCCUGAUGGGCUACGGGUGGGCCAUAACGUCGCUGCUGGGGCUCUCAUUAAUCUCAAUGUGGACGCAACAUCUAUUGAUUGCGCUCCACGCCGAGUACCGCAUGCGCCUGGCGCAGGACAAGGAGCACCCGCGCCACGGCGACGAGGACUACAUCGCGUCCUACCACGAAGUAUUUGGCUACCUCAUGAAUAAAUGGUGGGGCCGCUUCUCGGUCGUCAUCGUCUUCCUGGCUUUACUAGGCUUGACCGUCGCGCAGAUCCUCUCGACGGCGUCCAAUCUCUAUUUAUUGAACGAGUCGCUGCCGACGCGUACCUAUGCGAUCAUCUGUGGCGCUGUGUUUUCUCUGCUCUCAUUCCUGCCGACGUUCCGGCACUACCGCCUCUUCGUCCUCGUGGGCCUCAUCGCCACGUUUUAUACGGCUUGCGCGUUCGCGGUGUCACUGGGGGAAUCGCGUCGACGUAUUGGGGACGAGUCGACGCAUCGCAGGCUUCCUCACGUUCAACGCCAUCUCGCGCGGCCCGAACGGAGGCGUCUCGCACGACAGCCCGACGCGCAAGCAGAAGUUCUUCACGGGGUUCAGCGAUUUACUGUUUAUGUUCGGCGGCCACACGGCUGCCAUCGAGAAGGCCGACGCGACUGGCAGUGCAUAAAUCAAACCGUCGCCGCGCGUCUCCGCCACGGCUGAAUCACGGCCUCCACGCCAUCUACGCGACGCCAGCUCGAUGGCGUGGCGGUGCGGUCUCUCUCCGCUCGAUUCAGCCUGCGCGAUCACGUUCUCGCCGAGCACCCGACUUACUGGUUGAUUUGUGCACAGGUGAUGGACAACCCAAAGAUCUAUGACUACGCAUACGCCCUCGCUACGAUAUACGUCUAUGUCAUCACGCUGCCGACGGGCAUAACUGGCUUCCAUACCUUCGGUCGCGAGGCGCAGCACCACGCGAACGGCUUCUACAUGUACGCGAAGUCGCCCGCUAGAGACAUCGGCGUCGGGCUCAUGUGUUUCCACGAAUUCGUGGCCUUCGGUUUGUUCGCCGGACCGCUCUGGCACAUGUGGGAAAAAUUCCUGCACGUCGAUAAGUCGCACUACCUGGUCCGGACGGCGUCGCGCUACGUAGUCAACGCGUUCAUGGUCUUAUUCGCGGUCAUGUUCCCGUUCUUCGGCGUCAUCAACUCGGUGCGGCUCGGUGUAGAACCCGCAGACGUCGCAUGGCGUGGGGGUGGACGCGUGUCCCACGCAGGUGCUCGGCGCCUUCACGACGACGUUUGGCAGCUUCCUCAUCCCGGCGCUGGCCUGGAACCUCUAUUAUAAUUCGGACGAGCGCAUCAAACAGAUGCCGAAGCCGAUCGCCCUCGGCCUUAACGUGAGCACGGUCAAGGUCAUGAACUGGGUCUUUAUAUUGAUUAUACUCGUCCUUGGGCUCGGCAUGGGCGGCUGGGCGAGCAUCAAGACCAUGGACGAGAAGGUCAAGGAGUUCGAGCUCUUCGACCGGUGCAACGGGUGCUAG